AUGGCGCGCUGCGAGCGGCUGUGCGGCGCGGCCCUGCGCGACGUGCUGGGCCGGGCGCAGGGGGUCCUGUUCGACUGCGACGGGGUGCUGUGGAACGGCGAGCGCGUGGUGCCGGGCGCCCCGGAGCUGGUGGAGCGGCUGGCGCGGGCCGGCAAGGCGGCGCUGUUCGUGAGCAACAACAGCCGGCGCGCGCGGCCCGAGCUGGCCCUCCGCUUCGCGCGCCUGGGCUUCGGCGGGCUGCGCGCCGAGCAGCUCUUCAGCUCCGCGCUGUGCGCCGCGCGCCUGCUGCGCCAGCGCCUGGACGCGCCGGGCCCCGUGUUCGUGCUGGGCGGCGAGGGGCUGCGCGCCGAGCUGCGCGCCGCGGGGCUGCGCCUGGCCGGGGACCCCGGCGAGGACCCGGGCGCGGCCCCGCGCGUGCGCGCCGUGCUCGUGGGCUACGACGAGCACUUCUCCUUCGCCAAGCUGAGCGAGGCGUGCGCGCACCUGCGCGACCCCGACUGCCUGCUGGUGGCCACCGACCGCGACCCCUGGCACCCGCUCAGCGACGGCAGCCGGACUCCCGGCACGGGGAGCCUGGCCGCCGCGGUGGAGACGGCCUCGGGACGCCAGGCCCUGGUGGUGGGCAAGCCCAGCCCCUACAUGUUCGAGUGCAUCACGGAGCACUUCAGCCUGGACCCCGCCCGCAUGCUCAUGGUGGGCGACCGCCUGGAGACCGACAUCCUCUUCGGCCACCGCUGCGGCAUGACCACCGUGCUCACGCUCACCGGCGUGUCGCGCCUGGAGGAGGCCCAGGCCUACCUGGCGGCCAGCCAGCACGACCUGGUGCCCCAUUACUACGUGGAGAGCAUCGCAGACUUAACGGAGGGGCUGGAGGACUGA